CCGAGCUUCAACAUAGCAUCGCAGACGCUCGUCGCAUACAACAGAGAAGUCGCAGCGCCUCACUCUGCGCGCCAGCCUGCUGCCUUAUCGCCCUCACGCUCACCGCCCUUCGAACCCCGUUCACGAACUCCAAACCGCAACCAUGCUCGGCGUCGCUGGCAUGCAGCCCCGGCAACUCGCCGCACAAGUGCUGAACUUCGCGCUCGUACUGUCUACCGCUUUUAUGAUGUGGAAGGGUCUCUCUGUCGCCAGCGAUUCACCUUCCCCUAUCGUCGUUGUGCUGUCCGGAUCCAUGGAGCCCGCGUUCCAGAGAGGAGACCUGCUGUUCUUGUGGAACCGGGGUAUGGAUACACAGGUUGGCGAGGUUGUGGUAUACAAUGUCAAGGGCAAGGAUAUCCCGAUUGUGCACAGAGUUGUGAGGAGAUAUGGCGGAAACAAAACACCCCUCCGCCUGCUCACCAAGGGCGACAACAACCUCGCAGACGAUACCGAACUGUACGCGCAGGGCCAGUCCUUCCUGAACCGUAAGGAGGAUGUGAUUGGCAGUGUCGUCGGCUUCAUCCCCUUUGUCGGCUACGUUACCAUCCUGCUGAGCGAGCACCCGUGGCUGAAGCAGGUUAUGCUGGGGAUAAUGGGGCUGAUGGUGGUCUUACAAAGGGAAUGAUAUUGGCAAAAGGUGAUGAGGAGAAAAUGGGCUUAUCGCGGACAUAUCAACCAGGACUCAGAGAGGUCCCGAGCACGCGCAGACUUGCAACUCGGCCUGAGUGGAUGUUCUUGUGCAGCCGUUGUAGCAUAGCACGGCGUUCCGGCUGUAUGAGCAGCUGAAUUAGAUUCAUUACUUUCAAAGUCUGAGUCUGAGCCUGGCACGAUGCAGUGUAAUGUGCUCUGAUGGAUGAAGGCUGCCCAAUCCCAAAGUCAUCUUACCCGAUACCAUUCUACCAUUAAGAGAGGAAGCAAGCCGAGCACCUUCCGACGCGUGAUUGAGAAGCGCGACUGCCGUUUGUCAAAAACGUGACGCUGCACCGACGCGAUCCUUCCCAACGCGGACCAUCCCUCCCGAAAAGCAUAAAAGAAGAAAAAGAAUGCAAAAAAAGGAUAAGAGAAGCAAAAAAGCAAAUGUG